UUGCCGGCAAAUGUGGACGUUCGCCAAAAUACACACCUUCAAACUGGGGACACCCAGGAAUCGGGGACGUCCCCGAUUAAAAUCAAUAUAUUUUCAGGGAAAAAAUGAUCAAAUGAGGGCGCUGUAAAAAUAUUUACGUGAAUCUGCCGAAGUCCGCGUUUUGAUACUGUCGCGGUAACCAUCGGGGUGCGCGCUGAAGGUAUCGGGUGAUAUUCAAAGUGUUUUAUUGUUUUGAUUUUUCAAAAACCCCCUCUGGUGGCAGCUCUGCGUUAAACCGUGUAUGCGCAUGCGCGCAUUAUGCGGAGACGAAUUCAUGAUGGAGUCCGCGGUUUGUCGAGAAAAUUUGUGCAGAUGUAUUACAUUUCGGCGCGUAUGGCAUGGAAAAUGUGUCAACCUAGUCCACAGUUUGCUGUAUUUAUACCAUCCAUCCGCAUCGAUUGUCCACAGUUCGCACGUGGCCAACAGGUCUACAUGCCGAAAGGUUUACAUGUACCAACAUGGCCUUUCAAAAAAGACCAAGAGUGUCCCCAUAUCAAGCUGCAAACAAAUGGUGUGCGCUUUCUGAAGACCAGGAGGGGUUUGAAAAAAGAUUUGUCAGUGCACAUAUAGGCCAUGGCAUCUUUACGACCAAGCCCUUUGGUAAAGGCCAAUUUCUUUUGGAGUAUAGGGGCUCCUUAGCACCGUCUAAAGAGGAGGACGAUAACACAUUCCAAUUCCACUUCAAACACAAUAAUGUAACCUACAGCAUUGAUGCUUUCGACAGUACAUGCCUGGCAAGGUGGAUAAAUGAUGACUGGAAAACCCCCAACUGCAUCAUGAAGAAGAUGGUGUUCCAUGAUCGGACACCUCACCUGUGUCUCUUCAGUUUGUGUGACAUUGAUGUUGAUGAGGAACUGCGUUAUGACUAUGGAGUGGCUGAUUUACCCUGGAGAAAUGAGUCAGUGCAGCCAACAUCCAGUAUCCAUCAGACAGCCAAUGACAGUUCAUCAGAAAAUCAGAGAAUCCAUGACAGUGGCGAUGACUCAUUGGGUGCACAGGAAAUAUCACGGCCAGCUUCUGGUUUCCAUCAGAAAGCAGAAAUCUCACAGGAAACUCCCAGUAUCCAUCACACUAUAGCAAGCUCAUUAGAAACACAGGAGUCAGUGCAGCCAACAUCCAGUAUCCAUCAGACAGCCAAUGACAGUUCAUCAGAAAAUCAGAGAAUCCAUGACAGUGGCGAUGACUCAUUGGGUGCACAGUUUUCAAAGAUGAGGACAGUUAGUGAUUCUGCUUCUGAAAACCCUCUGACUUCAGAUGACGAAGAUAACUCUGAUACAUCCUACAAACCAUCAGAAGAUGAGGAAUCCAGUGGAUUUGUCCCUGAAUCUUCAGAUGAGGAGCUUUCAUGCCCAGCAAGCCCCAUUCUAAUUCCCAGAGGGAAUUACCCUCCCCCUGCUCAAGGUGACCAUGAAUUGGAAGAUGCUGGGCACAGCAGUACUUAUAAAUUGAGGGCAGAUACCAUGUCAGAACCAACUUCAAGUUCACAUCAGGCUUACAAAACAACAUCAAGUGCUGAUAACUCACACAUCCAGGUGCUGACCACUUCCAAUCAAGAUGGUCGUGUCUAUGAUAAACCUCAAUAUUGUCCAUUUUGUUGUCUGCCACAGAAAAAACUACCUCGUCAUUUAAAAACACCCCAGCAUAAAGAUGAAGCUGCCGUCCAGGAAUGGCAAGAAACAGUGGGAAAAAAGCAAAAGGAAAUACAACUCACGCUUCUGCGUAACUAUGGGAACUUUUUGCACAAUAGUUCGGUGUUGCAAGAAGGAAAAGGCACUCUGAUUGUUGUAUAUCGCCCCACUCAUGAAGUCAACCCCUAUGAUUACCUCCCGUGCCAAGAAUGUUAUGGCUACUAUGCAAAGAGCGACCUAUGGAAGCACAGGUGCUGCAAGAAAAGUUCCGAAGAAUCUGAUACUAGCCAGUCAGACACAAGCAGAAAGAAGAAGCGAUAUGGAUUGGUUAAAGCCAGUAGAAUGAUGCUUCCAGUAGCACCAGGUGUGUCUAAGCGGACUCAUGAGAUCAUGAGCAAAAUGAAGAGCGACAGUAUCGCACGUGUGGCCAGAUCAGACCCUCUGAUAAGAAAAUUUGCAGAAAAACUAACAAUGAAACAUGGCCAUUGCAGGGAUCAAGAAGGCUACAUCAGACAGCGAAUCAGGGAACUCUCUAGAUUAAUUCUUGAGUACAGAGUACUUACUGGUGAAAAGAAUGCAGAGUUGACUGAUCUCAUCUACCCCCCGAAAUUUGAGAGUGUGACACAUGCCACAAGAAUAGCAGCUGGAUUUAAUGAAGAUACAAACUUAUAUACAACGCCAAGCCUUGCUCUAAAGAUUGGUCACAGCCUCAAAAUCUGCACUGAUAUUCUGAAGGGAGAAGCACUGAUUUCAGGGGAUGAAUUCACCCAGAAAAGGUGUAAAGGAUUCCUGUCAUUGUACGAUCUCAACUGGGAAGAAAAAGUGAGUCAUCAUGCAUUGCGAAGCCUAAAUGAGACAAAGCGGAACAACCCAAAGCUACUUCCCCUGACCCAAGAUGUUGUGAAGCUGUCAAAAUACCUCAAGGAGCAAGUCAAAGCAUCACAAGAAGAGUUAGAGAGAGCAAAUGGUCCAGAAAUAUCAAAAGCCUGGAGGAAGCUUGCUGAGGCUCUGCUGGCUCAAGUCGUAGUCUUCAAUCGCAAGCGUCCAGGGGAAGUUUCUAAAAUGUCCCUUGAAGACUAUUGCAAAUGCUCUAGUGGGGAAGUGUGCAUUUUGGAUGGUGCUCUGUCAGAAUUCGAAAAAGCCUUGUGCCGGGUGUUGUGGAGAGUAGAAAUCAUCGGGAAGCGCUCCAGAACAGUUGCUGUUCUGCUGACAGCAGACAUGAAGAAGGCAAUGGACACUUUAACAGCCAAACGAUCUAGUGCACAUAUCAGUGAAGACAAUGUGUACUUGUUUGCUCUGUCUGGGGAGGGACACAUAAGAGCAUGUGAUUGUCUUCGUGAAUCUUCUGUUCAGUGUGGAGCAGAACAUCCCGAGUAUCUGAGAGCAACACGCCUGAGAAAGCAAAUAGCCACAGUGUCCCAGAUCAUGAAUCUGAAAGAGAAUGAGUUAGAUGUAUUGGCCAACUUCUUAGGUCACGAUAUUCGGACCCAUCGGCAGUACUACAGAUUACCAAAUUCAACACUUCAGGUAGCAAAAGUCUCCAAAGUUCUCAUGAAAAUGGAAAGAGGGGAUAUGAAGGGCUUGGCUGGAAAGAGCCUUGCUGAUGUGGAUAUCCACCCAAGUGAAGAGUACAUCACUGAUGCAGAAUCUGAUGAGUCUGACUCUGAAGCUGAAGAUAAAGUUCCAGAUGUGUUGCCUCCCAAGCCGAAAGAUGGAAAAGGUAAAACAAAAUUUUUUUAUUAGAUUGAGAGUUGUAAUCGAAGUUUAAAUUGUUCCAUCGUAAGAAGUGUUUUUGUUCACCCACAAAAUGAAGUUUUGCACAAGGUUUGCAUAUUUAUUGGCCAUUGGACUCACUGCUUUUUUAAUCUUGAAUACAUGCAUAUGGUUGGUUUUCCUUGAGUGUUCACUGCAGGGUUUGUUGGAGCUGGGGGGUCUACAUUCCCUUGGUUCUUUUUGUCACCAUUAAUUCUAUUUGUUUUUUAUUAUACAGUCCAUUAUUACAUUGUGAUACAUCAUACAAUUUUUUUUUAAUAACUCCAUGUGUGUAGUUUUUUAAUAGAUUUCCUCAAUGGUGCAUGUGUAUAAGAAUGUUUUUAGUUCAUGUGCUGUAUGUUUUAAUGUAACUUAAUUCAGUUGUGUAUUAUUCUUGACUAUUUUAAUAUUGUUGCAUGGCCCAUUGAAACUCAGCUGUUUUUUUAGAUGAAAUGGCUACCAUCUGUAAAUAAAUAUAUUAUUACUGCAAAAAACACCCCUUCCGUAAAAAAAGUUGUUUACAAUGGCUGGGCUGAAGCUUAGAGUCUUUUAUUAAUUGCUCUAUUCUUUUUGAAUCACUAGAAGCACGUCUUCUUGCUGGGUCCUUGGAUUACUUGAAUUAACUCAUUAAUAGUCAGACAUCUCUGUGGUAUCCAAUGGCAUUUUCAGCGUGUAAUUAUGACAGAACUGUUGUGAAAUCACGUGCCCAUAUUGUUGUGGUUAAGGAUUCUACCUCAGAGGAAAAAAAAUUGGGUUGACUUUUUGCUCCUGUUAGAGGGUACAUGUGCAUGUAUACCACCACUUGCGUUUUGGCCUUCAAUGGCUUUUCCCACUUGUUUUAUUCAUAAAUACCAGAGAUAGUUUCCCAUUCAACAAUGCACAACAUGACUAUGUGUUAAUAUUUGAUAACACGUUUAAAAACGCACUGGCGCGUGGAUACAUGACAACUUAAUCCAUUCCUAUCCGGUUGUGACGUUACUUCAGCUAAAACUAUACCCACUGCAAAUAGAGUUACAUGGAACCAUGGAACCGGAAUAAUGCAGAACUUUAAUGUUCAUCUACUGAACAUGAGUUGAGCGUCCGCAUGUAUGAUGAAGUCAUGAACUGCUCAAGAGAAGGUGUUCCAUGGCAUGCAAAACUGGCAAUAUGUGUGCGUAAUCCAUUGAAAGGGUCUCUUUUUGGCUGCUUGGAAA